GCCAAACGAUAAGCUGGUGGGUGUUGACUGUUGAGCCCUCGGGGAGUCGCAGUGGUUGCUCACCCUGGCUGGCUGGGAGAGUCUCUCCUGAACACUGAUGAGGUUGUUCGUCCGAGUUUGGUCAGUCCGGCCGAAACAAGUCGGCAUAUCGAGUGGCUCUCUCGGACGGGGGAUUCUCUUUCUUGUUGCCAGGCUGGCUCUUUCCUUCAUGUGCGGAUCUUUCUUUUUUUGUUCCGGAUUUUAUUUCUUUUUUUCCAAAUUUCAAAUUUUUACUAUGGUAAUUGAUUAACCAUUGCCCCCCCCCUCUCCUCUCAUUCCCUCCUCUAACCGGGCCCCCCUACUAAUUGAGGCGGAUAAACUGCCAAGUGUGCACUAUAUUGGGGUUGGCAGCUUUCAUAGGGCCCAAAAACCAGUCCUUAUGUGCUGGUGUCUUUCGGCUUUCCGUGCAUGGGGUCGUAGUUAUGUGAGCCUCGCAUGUUAUUGCACACCUCGAGGAGUAUAAUCGGCAAGAGAUAUCUAAUAGUAGGAAAGGAACAGACGCAUUGUCCCGAUCAAACGAAAC